UCCGCCCCGUCUCUUCUGUUGUGUGUGUGUGUUUGUGUGUGUACUCUCUCUCUCGGCUCAGUCAUGGAGGAGUUGAGCGCGGUGGGUGAACAGGUUUUUGAUGCCGAGUGUAUCCUCAACAAACGCGUGAAGAAGGGCAAACUGGAGUAUCUGGUGAAGUGGAGGGGAUGGUCGUCCAAGCAUAACAGUUGGGAACCUCAGGAAAACCUUCUUGACCCGAGACUAUUGGCUGCGUUUAACAAGAGGGAGCAGGAGAUAGACAUCUUGAUCACAAAAAGAGGAAAGAGGCCUCGUGGGCGACCCAGAAAAAUAUUGGAAGCCAUUCCAUCAGAGUCAAAAUCCAGCAGUUCUUCAUCUUCAUCCUCUGGUUCAUCUUCCUCAUCCUCGUCCUCAUCGUCAUCAUCAUCCUCGGAAGAUGACGAAGAUGACCUUGACAGGAGCCCGAAGCCCAGUCCUCGACCACGAGAGCUUCACCCCGUCCCUCAGAAGAAAGCACAGAUCGUUUUGGCCAAGCCAGAGCCUCCUAAGAAGCGAGGGAGGAGGCCGUUGCCUCCGGAACUGAAGGCGCUGCGACAGGCCAAAGGUCAGCGAAAGUUUUUCAAAGCCACGCCGAAAGACUUCCGCAACAUUAAGAAACCGCUCAUGCCCGCUAGCUUUACCUUCACCGGGUUGAACAGAGGAUCUUUUACGCACAGUCCAUCUGGGAAGAGUUCGCUAAGUUCAGCUGGGCGCUCUGGCGGAUCCGCGUCCUCGCCGCUAAGCCGCCCACCGCAAAGCAAACCCGCUUCUGAUUUUACACUCUCAGUGUCGGAUAUGAGCAGCUGUGGGGCUGAUUCAAAAACACCAUCGUGCAAGUCUCCAGGAGUGGCUGCUUUAAAUGUUCACAACAUGACAAACGGGAGCAUCGGACAAACGCAGUCGGCGAAACAUGAAAGUUCUGAUCAGAGAGCAGCUCUCCCGAAAUCACCCUCAAACUCCUUUUCAUCUCUGAAAACUCCCUCCAGCCUUCAGGCACUCAAUCUGCAGAGCGUCAACAAGACCCCUCCUGCUAACGACAGUACUCAUCCAAAAAGUGCCCCUAGCCCGGCCAGAAAGAGUAGUUCGGGAUUUAACACGAGGCAAGAGCCGAGUCCUGCACCCAACAACAUCCCAACUAAAUACACACCCAACCAACCAAUCAUGAAGAGUCCAAAGCGGGACCGAUCCAAACCGGAAGAAGCCAGGGAUUUAACCGAGAGAUUUGGAAAGAAGAGUCAAGGCGACGUGGCCGUUCAGACUCCAACGUCAGAGACGCGAGAUUCCCAAGACAAACAAGUUGGAAAACAAGUCAAGACCUUGAGCGAGCUCAGCACCGGAGAGGAGGGCAGUAGCUCGGAUUCUGACCACGAUUCCUCGUUUCCCAAUAACAACCAAGAGCUGUCCAUCUCAGGUCAGGACUGGAAGCCGACGCGCAACCUGAUCGAGCACGUGUUUGUCACGGAUGUGACCGCGAACCUCGUGACGGUAACGGUGAAGGAGUCGCCCACCAGCGUGGGAUUCUUCAGCAUCCGUAAUUUCUGAACGCCGACCGGAAGUUUGAGAGAGACUGAAGUUUUGAAGGAAUUCAAGCUGUUGUUCUGUGAUUUUAUCCUCACGUUUUUACUCUAAGCUGAAGUUUUGAACAACACAAAGGCGGUGAUCGUUCUGAGAUGUGUAUAAUCUCAGCUGGUGCUUAGCAAAAACACGGUCUGUUACAGGUUCCUGUUCUGGUUUUAAAAGAGAUUUUCUCAUGUUGUUUUACUGCUGGGAUGUAUGGGUUUCUAGUUCUCAUCAUGUCGAUUCUGAGUAUUCAAUGCAGAAGGUUUUAACGGUGCCUGUUUUCUGAUAUCAAACGUAACUCGUGAAUGUCUUUGGCAUCUUUUUGAUACAGUUCUUCCGAACAGAUUUCUCUUUAUUUAUUAUCUCUUGCUGGAUUUUUUUUGUUUUUAGGUCAUAUGCUGUAACACACAGUAAAGAUUCAGUUUUGUAAAAAAUGCA